AGUACGGCGGGUUCACCCCUCCACCCACCCUUCCCUAAGCCAGCCUGUCCUCACCUCCGAUCCGUUUCAAGUAUUGGCCAAACCAUAAUAUUUUUAGUCCCAUACCAGACGCGAGCGUGUUUUUUGGGAGCAUCUUGGAUGGCUUCCAAGCAAGAGACAUCGCAAGUCAGCUGAAUCCAGACUGAAAGAAGAUGAGAGAAGUGGAGGUAUUGAAGCCUUCAACGCAAAGAGAGGGAAUGUCAGAAAUGUAGAGUGCAACCAAACCCAAUCCACACCCAAUUCUAUGACACUCUUAAGGCCAACCUACACCAAUUCUGCCACCAUUUGGCAUAUUCCGGAACAGCUCCAACAAAAACAGCAGUAGGAACAAAGUAUUGCCCAACCAUUGGCAGGGUGUGGGACUUGGAGAAGUGAUCAAAUGAGUAGACGCCCACAAUCCGCUGGGAAGUUGGUGGAUGACAAGAGAGAUGCACCUCCAUGUUGGUUUCUUUUCUGGUGAGGGGUAGCAGUGGUGGUGCUUCUUGGGGUGGUGUUAGGUUAUUCUGAAAGAGGAAAGAAGAGAAAAAGAGGGGCACAGAGCCGUCUUUCUUUUCCCUUCUUCUCCUUUUGGAUCUUAAUCAAUUGAAUUCUCAUCUCCUCUUGUUAUCUUGGUUCUUCGAGUAGUGUUAGCUAGGUUAUUCUUAAAGAGAAAAGGAGAAAAAAGAGGGGCAGAGAGCCGUCUCUCUUCUCUAUUCUUCUCGUUUUGAUCUUAAUUAAUUGAUUUCCCAUCUCCUCUUGUUAUCCUCUUCCACCUUCUCCUCCUCUUUCUUUAGUCCUCCUUUUCUUCCUUUCCACUGUUCCAUCUCCUAGGUUUCAUCCCACUUGUACAACGAAUUAGAAAAAGAAAGGGGGAAAAACAAAAAAGGAAAAAAAUCUAGGGAAGAUGGAUCCAACAACGGGAUCAUCAGCACAUGGUCAUCACCUCCCAUCUCCAUUCCACACCAGAGACUUCCAUCACAACUUCCACCAUCGGCUGCAGCAGCCCAAAUCCGAGGACGACCAUGGCGGCCUCAAUCGCGGUCAGAAGCGUGACUACGAUGAUAACAGCAACAUCAAUAACAACGGAAGCAGCAGCAGCAACGGCGAUGGCAAAGAUUCCUUGGAGGUAAACUUGGCCGGUACGGAUGGCGAUGCAGCACGCCGGCCCAGGGGCCGGCCUGCGGGGUCGAAGAACAAGGCCAAGCUCCCCAUCAUCAUAAACCAGGAAAGCGCCAACGUCCUCAGAACCCACGUCAUGGACGUUGCCGGUGGAUGUGACAUCGUCGAGAGUGUGGCCAACUUCGCACGCCGCCGGCAGCAGGGUGUGUGCAUCCUUAGCGGCACUGGCACCGUCACCAAUGUCACUCUCCAGCAGCCAGCCUCGCUGGGAGGCAUCGUCACCCUCCACGGCCGUUUUGAGAUCCUCUCCCUCUCAGGAUCCUUCCUGCCGCCGCCCGCCCCACCUGCGGCGACCGGGCUAACAGUGUACUUAGCAGGUGGGCAAGGACAGGUCGUCGGAGGGAGUGUCGUCGGGCCACUAACGGCAUCAGGACAUGUUGUUAUAAUGGCAGCAUCGUUUUCGAAUGCUGCCUAUGAGAAGCUCCCUCUAGAGGAAGAGGAGUCUCUACCACCCCAGGGGCCUGUGCAGACCCAUGGAUUGGUUGGCCAGGAGCAGCAGCAGCUUCUACAGGAGCCAAACCUCUUCCAUGGUCUUGCGCCUAAUCUUCUCAAUAGCGUCCACUUGCCAUCAGAGCCUUACAGUUGGACCAUGGGUGCAGGCCGGCCACCUUAUUGAACUCACUAAGUUAGAGAUCAGCUCUACUAUUUUCUUCUUUUUGGCUUGUUGUGCUGGAAAUUCUUGCAGGAUUUCAAGCUGAGCAUCCUUUUGGUUAAGAGGAACUCAUGCUCCCCGUUCCUCUCUAUAUCUGAUCUUUUUCGUCAAUUUCUUUUAAUCUUCUCGAGAGCAAACUGGUGUUAAUGAAGAAACUCUUACAAGCUUAUGUUUUCUCGGCAGUUUCAGUUUGAUGCAAAAUUUCCCGGUUGCGCAGUCACAGAAGCACAGGCAGAGGCAGAUGAGUAUUUUCUCCCGUUUACUUCUGCUUCAUCGCUUCUCGGCAAUUUCUUCUUCAGACGUUGUAAUUUUUCUUCUAGUUUUGGUUGCUUUUUUCGAUGUUCAUAUCUUGAUCUGGCAUGUGUUGAUACUCUCCAAGACCCUACCCGAAACAUCUGAAUUAUAAAG